UGAAACUACUUUUCCUCGGCCUCUUCUCAGUUUCCAGACAGACCAAAGAAAGCAAUCCUGGUUUUGUUUUCCCCAAGCAGGAACUCUGCUCACUAGUUUCACUUUCCACUUUCAGUUUCUAUCUCGGUUUCCAGUCUAAAUUGUCAACAACACGCCCACAGGUUACGUCAUGAACUGUUCAUCUUUCUUAUAUUGCCCAGGAUGUGGCUCACAUCCUGAAACCCCAGUCUCCUGGCUGGAUCUCAGAAGAGCCCACAGCUAAACAAGGCCCUGCAGAACCGGCAGCCAUGAGUAAGAACGCUGAUGAGGUCAAAGAUAAGCUGCUUCAGCUGAGAUGCCACUUCACCUGGGAGCUGCUAGUUGAAGACACUGAGAUGCCCGAUUUAGAGAACAGGAUCUUGGAUGAGAUUGAGUUCCUAGACACCAAAUACAACGCGGGCAUACACAACCUGCUGGCCUACGUCCGACACCUGAAAGGCCAGACUCGGGAGGCCCUGGGGAGCCUGAAGGAAGCCGAAGACCUGAUCCAGCAGGAACACGGCGACCGAUCGGCUGUGAGAAGCCUGGUCACCUGGGGCAACUACGCCUGGCUGUAUCACCACAUGGGCAGGCUGGCGGAGGCCCAGACUUACCUGCACAGGGUGGCGAACACUUGUGAGAAGUUUGCAGCCCCCUCCUGCUACAGGCUGGAGUGUCCUCAGAUGGACUGUGAGGAAGGGUGGGCCUUGCUGAAGUGUGGAGGAAAGAACUACGAGCGGGCCAAGGCCUGCUUCGAAAAGGCUCUGGCAGCGGAGCCUGAGAACCCUGAAUUCAGCACUGGGUAUGCCAUCACCAUCUAUCGCCUGGACGGCUUCAACAAAGCGACCCAGGUCAGCGACGCAUUUUGUCUGCAGCCUCUAAAAGAGGCCAUCAGGCUAAACCCAGAAGACGCGUAUAUCAAGGCUCUGCUCGCCCUGAAGCUUCAGGACGUGGGCCAAGAAGCCGAAGGAGAAAAGUACGUCGAAGAGGCACUGACCAACAUGUCCUCGCAGACCUACGUCUUUCGAUACGCGGCCAAGUUUUACCGCAGGAAAGGCGCUCUGGAUAAAGCUCUUCAGCUCUUAAAGAGGGCCCUGCGGGCCACGCCCUCCUCCGCUUUCCUGCAUCACCAGAUGGGGCUUUGUUACAAGGCACGCAUGAUCCAAAUCAAGAGAGCGGCAAACUGGCAGCCCAGAGGACAGGAUAGAGACAAUGUCGACCAAAUGGUAAGGUUAGCCAUAGCUCACUUUCAAUUUGCUCUGGAACAAAAGCCCACAUUUGACGUUGCUUAUAUACACCUGGCCGGUAUGUACAUAGAAGCUGGCAACCACAGAAAAGCUGAAGACAUUUACCAAAAAUUGCUAUGUUUGACGUCCCUCGACGAAGAGAAACAGCAAAAGGUACAUUUCCACUAUGGUCAAUUUCAGGAAUUUCAAAAGAAAUCUGAAGUCAAUGCAAUUAUCCAUUAUUUAAAAGCACUAACAACAGAAAAGGUGUCACUGACAAGAGAUAAAUGUAUUAAUUCUUUGGAGAAACUGACUUUAAGAAGACUUUCCAGAAAUGCAUCAGACGUAGAAAGCUUGAGCAUUCUUGGGUUUAUCUACAAAGUCAAAGGCGAAAUGAAUAAAGCCCUGGAGUACUAUGAGCAGGCCCUGCGGCUGGCUGUGGACUCUGGGAACUCUGGUACCUGAUCCUGGGUGUGGAAAUAUGAACCACAUUCACAUUUUAUUUGAUUUUAGGUAAACAUGUUAACUCUAACCAUUGUUUCUGCUUGCUACUUUCAGAAACAUAUUAAGCAAUCCACUGCAGUGAUGCAAGUUUUUAACCAUUACCCAAACCUGGUAAAAUAUUGGUUCUAUUCAGAAAAUACUGAAACAGAAUAUAUACAUCUCUGUUAUGUGAGAGAGGAACCAUUUCUCUGUGAAUGUUAUAUAGUCGAAAAACCAUUUGUCGAGUAGAUUCGUAGCAAAUAAAAGCCUGGAUUUACAUAAAACAAAAA